AAAAAAAAAAAAAAUCUCUCAUCAGCGUCGCGUAUACAAUAUUUCCAGUCAGGAGGACAUAUGAUCCGGCAAAUAAACAAGGAAGAAAAGAAGCAAGCAGACCACUGUUGUGUGGCUGAGUACUGGGUUGAAGAAGCAAAAUCAAUAUAGGAAACAAAAUCUCGCUGAGAAAACAGUAUGGGAAAUACCUGAAGAAACCAGCUCGUUGGGCAGGGAUAUCAAGAAGAGAAAAGAAAAAGAGAAAAGAAGAAAAGAAGCUGGAAGCCAUCUAUGAAAACAACUCCGUUCUAUCCCGACCCGAAUGCAAAUUAAGAUUAUAGUUGCGAAAAGAAAAGGACGAAAAGCAGCUGAAGAUUUUGGAAGUUGGCUCGUUGACCGUGUAUCCGGGCUAGGACAUCAGGACAGGAGUAUUGUUUUGUCCGGGUUAAGUGGCCGGAUAGAUAGAGUCUACCUCCAGCUGGUCGAGCCGGAGGGAAAGCCGACUGGCGAUGGAGGAGGUGGAGGUGGGUGCUCGAAGUCAUUAUUGCCGGAAGAGAUGUACUUUGGCUGGCUGGAGGACGAUUGCAUGGCUCGCUGGAUGUCGAGGCUGAGUGUUGAAACCGAGAGCUGUUUUGUGGAUGGGCUGGUUGAGUCGGCACCAGUGCUCGGGAAAGGAUGCAUGGUAUGAGGCAGCGAGGAAUGAGGGGACUGGGUCAUGGUUGAAGCCAUUGCCGAUGUGUAUGUUCUUUUUUGGUGAUGAUUGUGGUAUUGGCCGAAGAUAUUUGGUAGAUGGAAGGGAUCCUGCCCGUUGAAAUUGGUUGAUAGAAAUGAUACGUCUUGCAAAUGAAGGUUCUGGACGAUCAACGAGCUGACGAAUAUAUUGAUUAAUAGAUUGGGCUGAUAGCAGUCUGGUAUUGCUUGUUUUAAUAGCUGACUGGCUAAGUAAGGCUAUACAACUGUGCCUUUUGAGUCCUGGUUCAACGUCCAAAAAAUUGCGGAGAACGAAAAGUCUGGGGAAAAGAAAGGGAAGGAGAAAAGAAGAAAUUCCCAGGGAAGCGGAAGAGACAAAGCCUUUAAAUACCGAAACUGAAAGAAAGAAAUAAGGCCUGGAAAAAAAAAAAAAAAUAGAAGCUGCAAGGUAAUAAUUGCAACAAUCAAAAAAGGGGGACGGAAGAGGCAGACGAACCAACGAUCAAGGUCCGUCGCAAGAAGCGCUUUUCUCGUUUCCUCGCAGGAGUAACCUUGGUAAGGCAUCCAUCAAGUAGUUAGUUAAUGAAAAUAAAAAAUAAAAAAAAAAAAACCAAGAGAGCGAAAGAGAAGAGAGACAAAAAAGGAAAAAGAUGAAACACGGCAGGCUGCUCCGUCCAUGGACUUUUCUAGAGUCGGAUACUUGGUGAACUAGCGAGUCAACAAGGUAUAAUGGAGUUUGCCAUCCAAGCAGCUAGCCAUGGUUGCUCGCUCUCAGAUGUGCUUUGACUAGACCAGGGCAGCAGACAAGCAGACAAGGACCUCAAGGGCGCUGGGAAAUCCAAAAGUAAUAAGAGUGAAUAAUAAAAACUACGAUUCAAACGGAGGAUGUGACCAAGUCCGGCUGGUCCCGCCAGCACGCCUUUCCCAUGACUGGCUGAGGGUUGAAGAUGAUACGAGGGAUUUUAAAUUGUCUUGCGCUGCGAGGUCUGCCGGAGUGAGUGUGUGUGUAUGGAUUGAGUGGAUGGAUGCAGAGCGUAGUAGCAGUGCAGUUGUAAAUGGAAGCUGGUUGGAGUGGCUGGAUUGGUUUGCGCAGUAUCCGGUUGGCUACCAAACCCAGCUCCCGUCAGCCCGUCAGCCUGUCAGCCUGUCGACCGGUCCGAACGUGGUGUCAGGGAUGGGGAGGAGGGGGGCGAAGGAGAAGGGAGAAAAGGACAAGACAGGACUAGAAAAGAAAAGAAGACGAUAAAUGGACGGCUGUGCCAACCGGUUGCUGGGGUUUCCCCAGUUUUCACCCUUUUGUUAUGAAGAGGCGCUGGUUACAUCAUCAGGGGGUGGAAAGGAGAUGGAGUUUUGACGGGGGAACGGGAGAAAAAGGGGCGGUUAGGGAAAAGGAGUGGUUUGGGCAGGAAGGCAGCCUUCCUGUCCGUCUGUUUGUCUGCUUCUUCUGUCUUCAUGCUCGACAGGAAGAUGGAAGCAGGAGCGCAGCUGGGAUUUGUCACAGAGCAGCAAUUGCGUGAUGGAGGGGAGAGGAUGGGUAGGAUACGCCCUGUGUAGUCUAUCGUGCAUGUACCCGGACAUGGAAGAAGGAAGCAAAAAGACCGACUGGUGAUGCGGGCUGCAUAUGCGUAUGUACGCUUAACUUCCGCGGGCCAGGCUUCAAGCUGGGCGAUCAAGGUACGAUUUGACGGCAAAUAAGGUGUAAAGGUAAAUCUUCUUGUUGAGAAUCAUGGCGACUAAAUAAUAUUGUUUCUGUGGAAAAGAAGAGAAGACCAAAGCGCUUUCUUUGAAUCUGUACUAUUAAUUGUCGAAGGCAUCGAGCCGGCCCUGGAUUUUCAAUAGUCGAAAUAAAUGAGCUACCCCGGAAUGAUCUACUUGCGGAGUUGAUGAAUAAAGAAGGACUGCCCUGGGGUGCAUCAAUCAGGAGAAAUAAUGAAGAAAGAAAGGCGUUGACGGUGUGACAGGAGAAAUGAUGUUGGGAGCUCUUGAUUAUAUGCCCGUCCCGUCCAGACAAACGAAUGGUUCAACGGCCAACCAACAGAAAGGAAAAAGGAGGUGAACAAACAAGGCAAGGCCUGGAACAGGUCGUCAUCCGUAAGCUGGCCAGCCUGCGCUGCGGCCUCGUUGUCUCUGAUCGGUAAGUCAUUGACUGCCUGGAUCGCCCGAGAGGCCUGUCAGGCGCUCUUUGUUGAGGACGGUUUGGGCUAUACACUUUCGAACGGUGAGCCCCUGGUGAAACAGAUCAGCAGGACUGACUGCCAGGCGAGUUCCCGGCUGACGAAGAAGACGACGGCCAAACCAAACCAGCACG